AUGGCAUCACCAGCGACAAAGCGAAUUCUAUCAGCGAAAAAGCCUUUAGUACCUCCUAAGAAAUUCAUGGGAAGUGAUCCAGCCUCCCAGAGCCCUAUACCUAGCCAGGAAGCAUCAGAGAUCAAGCCUGCAAACCAGGCGAAACCCAUCAACAAGCUCUCGACACCAACCACACUCAAGAAGAACAUUCGAAAGUUGCCAAAAAGAUCGAGAACUGAGGAAUUGUCUCCAAUCUCCCAAGAGAAAAAGGUGUCGCAAACCAAAAUUCCGAAUGUCGACACAACUGGGACACCAGAUGAGGAAAAUGCAGUCAACUUGGAAUAUGAGGAGCCACUGCCAAUAAGAGAGACCACCGAAGAGCAUGAAGAGGCGGUUGGAGCCCCAGAAGACACACAACAGGUGGCAGAAAUUCCCUCUAAAGAGCAGAGAAAAUCUGAAAUGAAAAAAAGUGAUUCCGCCUCUGGGUCGGGUGGUGGCUCAUUAUUCCAGCGAGGGAAGAAUGCAGCCUCGCGUAUUUCGGACUUUACAGGCACCGUCAGAGAUCUCAGCAAUCGGGCCACAGCUGAGGAAUCCCGGGGCAGUUUCGACAACAUUCAGGAUAACAUUCGAGGUGUCACCAAAAAUUUCAAGCCUGACGAAGGGGGUGUUGCCAGCAAACUCGCGGAGAAGAUUCCCAGCCUCCCCACAGAUUUGUCUGAGUUGAGGGGGCUUGAGGUUAACGAGAAGGGACAGAUCCUUGACGAUGAUGGCAAUGCAGUUGGAACACUCGUCGAGGGCGAACCCAGCGACCUUGCUGGCCAGGUGGUUGGGGAAGGUGGUGAGAUUUUAGAUGAGGAUGGCGAUCUGAUUGGCCGAGUUGAGCUUCUCAGCGAUGAGACUGCAAAGCAGGCCAAUGCAGUAGAAGAAGCGGUUGACACAGAUAAUGUCCCCAGCUUGCAGGACCUCGCAAAUCUGCCACUCGCAGAGGACGGCUCAGUCAAAGACCAGGACGGUCGAGUAUUGGGGCGCCUUGUUGAAGGUGACCCUGAUGAUUUGGUGGGCCGAACUGUUAAUGAGAAUGGCGAAAUUCUCGAUGAAGAUGGAGACUUGAUUGGGCGAGUUGAGCCUAUCUCCCCAAAGCAAAUCGAAGAGUCGGCCGGUGAAACCGAGCCCACUGGUGGCGCGUUACUUCCAGGGAUUGCCAUUCUUCGGGGCAGAGAAAUCAACAGAAAUGGCAAGAUUCUGAAUGCUGAGGGCGAGGAAAUAGGCCAAGUCGUCGAAGGUCAAGAUCCCAGGCACCUGUCAGGAAAGGUCCCAAACGAACAGGGUCAAGUGAUGGACAUCAACGGAGAGGAGAUUGGACAGGUUGAACCAGUGCCAGGCGAGGCUGCAAAUAUUGCGAUGCAAGAACUCGAAGACAAAAAGGCUGCUGUCGAUAAGCAAAAGGGCUUCACAGAUGCCAACAAAUCACCCGAAAUCUCCCAGGAAUUACCUGACAUAUCCACGCUAGAAGGCCUGAAAUGCAACAAGUUCGGAUACAUUAUUGGCGAGGAUGGUGUGCCAGUUGGUGAACUUAUUGAGGGCAAUCCCAAAGAGAUAUCCAAGGGAGAAUUCCAGCUCGAUGAUCGUGGUCAAUUCUGGGACAACAGAGGAAAUAUCUUGGGCGUAGCACAAACAAUCCCAAUUGAAGAGGAGGACCAGCGCCCUUUCGCAGGGUUUGAAGAUCUUGUCGUGGUCAAAGAUGGCUGGGUCGAAGACACAAAUGGGGCCCGAGUAGGCCAGGUUGUUGAUGGUGAGAUCAAGAAGCUCGUUGGUCGGGCUGUUGAUGACGAUGGAGAUAUUUUGGAUAAGAGAGGCAAUCUCAUUGGACACGCUGAGCCCUGGGAAGAGCCGGAGCCAGAGCCAGAAGAGGUCGAUUUCUCUUUCUUGGAAGGUCUCUCGCCUAAUAAGCUGGGCCUUGUUAUUGGACCAGACGGCGCGUUGGUCGGCCGUGUAACAGAGGGGGACUUGAAAAAGGUUGCUGGUAGGACCAUCGAUCACGAAGGCCAGCUGUGGGGCGAUGAUGGCGAGGUUAUUGGACGGGUUGAGCUGGUCCCGGAAGAGGAGCGUGAGGUGCCAGCUCCUUUUAGCGACCUGGGUGAUCUGGUGGUCAGACAAGAUGGGCUUGUUGAAACUGAGAAAGGCGUCGUUGUUGGCAGGAUCAUUGACGGAGAUCCCAAAGAAUUACGAGGUAAAGCUGUGGAUGAUGAUGGAGACAUCAUGGAUAAGCGUGGCAAUGUGAUAGGACGUGCUGAGCCAUACACUCCAUCCGAACACUCUGAAGAACCAGAAGAAGACCUGUCCGAACUUGAAGGGAUGACAGUCAACAAGUUUGGAAACGUCGUUGACGAAACUGGCGCUGUGUUCGGGCGGCUUAUUUCAGGAAAUCCUAAAAAGCUGAAUGGCAAGAAGGUGGACGGAGAAGGUCAGAUCUGGAGUACUGAUGGGAAAGUGCUGGGCAAUGUUGAACUUAUCCCUGCUACCGAGCGAGAGCAAUCUGAAGGGGUGUUUUAUGGGCUCGAUCACUUGACUGCAACAAAGGAUGGAUAUGUGAUCACUCCAGAAAGGGAAGUGGUCGGUAGGCUGAUCGACGGGGAGCCAACAAGACUUGUUGGUCGUGCCGUCGAUGAAGAUGUUACUCUGAUCAGUAUGCCCAACCGACAAAACGGGGUUGUGAAAUGGUUCAAUGACGAAAAGGGCUAUGGCUUCAUUACUCCUCAGUCAGGCGAUGAUUUGUUCGUGUCGUUCAAGGCAAUUCAAGCGGACGGAUUCAAAACCUUGAAGGAAGGCCAGGCAGUGACAUUUGUUGCCGCACGCGGGCAAAAAGGCAUGCUGGCGGAAGAGGUACAAAUAGCUGGCUAUAUCGUUGACAACGAUGGAAAUCAAAUUGGCGAGUGCACGCUGGAGGAGAACGUGCCAGAUGUCGAGCCCGAGCCCGAAAUAUCACACGAGGAAGCUGAGCAACAGGCCAAAGAGGAACAUAACCGAGAUUUAGCGAAGAAGAUCUCGGCCGUUAUCCAGCAAACACUUGAAUCGGUGGAGCCGCUCUGUAAACAGAUCACAGAGCAUCUUGAAAGAGCCGAUCGUACGCCGCGAGAGGAGUUGGAUGAAGAGAAACUAGUCCAGACCGUGAAACCUCUAAUUGAGGAUGCUGGAAACUUGCUACAGGAGUGUAAAAGCACUAUCAGGGCGCUCGAUCCCGAUGGGGCCAUCGCUGCAUCUGCAAAAGCCCACAGUGCUUCUCACGAGGCAACACCGGAAGAAUAUCAGCUAGCAGAUCUUUUGAAACAACUGACUCAGACCGUGACGACUACCAUUGACAAUGGCCGUCAGAGAAUCGCAGAUAUGCCCCAUGCGAAGAAGAAACUCAAUCCGCUGUGGACAUUGCUAUCCGAACCACUUUUCCAAAUUAUUGCGGCAGUGGGUUUGCUUCUAAGUGGUGUUCUCGGUCUUGUCAACAAUCUUCUGAGCGGACUUGGCCUUGGUGGUCUUGUUCGUGGUCUUCUCGGUGGUCUUGGAAUCGAUAACCUGAUGAACAGUCUCGGUUUGGACAAGGUGGGCAUUGGAAAUUGA